AUGUCGCAUGCUAACGAGAAGGGAAUAAAUAUAAUAAAUACGAGACAGAAACAGGGAUACACGGUGCAAACACAACUAGAAAAAUUAAAGCAACAAGCUAUAACUCCAAUUUAUGAAAAAUUAACCAGUGAUGACCUACUCACUCAUUGCAUAAGCGGCUUCACUCAAAACAGUAAUGAGAGUUUCAACGCUAUAGUAUGGUCGAUGGUCCCGAAAGUGACAUUCAUUGGCAAAAAUGUACUUGACACAGCUGUAUAUAUUGCUGCAGGUACUUAUAAUGAUUGCCUCGCAAGUGCCAUGAGAGUCAUGCAGAACAUAGGCAUCAAAAUUGGGCCAAACUGCUACAAUUACUGUCAAGAGACUGGUCAAAACCGCAUCAAAUUAUCCUAUCGUUCGCUCUCAGAUGCUGCAAGAAAGUCUCGAAUCGAACAGAAGGCAUCCAGAAAGGAAGAAGAUGAGUUCCACGUGUCCAUGGAAGGUGAAAUGUACGGCGCAGGCAUCGCAGACUGAAGGUAUAACAAAAUUUUAAGCACGUAAAACUUUAAACGCGUUUUUCUCGAAACUGCAUUUUUCAAAUCGGGCGACGAUGGUACUCGGAGACUAUCGCACGUAUCCACUUGAAAUUUUAACUGUAGCUUCACAGUAACAUUAUCUAGUAAACUACGUACGAUUUUUUUGUUAUCAUUGCAACUUUUUUUUU